GCCAAGGGGGGCAAUCUGACGACAUCAGUCCAAGCGGGACGGUGUUUUCAGUUUUCCUGUUGCGGGGGCAACCUUAUCGAUAAGUAUCGAAGCGUAGAAACCCGAAACGGCACGUGAUACGGCUACGAUGAGCUUCGUUAAAAGCACAGAAAACACCACUCCAUAUACAAAAAGCUUCAAAACACAGCGUAAUUCCCUACGACUACGUAUUAACAAUAUACUACAAGGUACUAUUCUUAGAGAUGCCCUUUUUCUCCGUCAGUUUCUUGCGAAACCAUUAGCACAACCUUGACGACUCUCUCUCAAGGCCGACAAUGUCAUAUCACCGCGCCGACGCCAGUGCGCUGCUGGACAAUCGGGGUUACACGGGGCCCUUAAUCCGCGGUGCUAACCCUGCCACACUAUUCGAAAAGGCCGUUCGUGAUCGCAUCACCGACUCAUACUACUGGAAAGAACAGUGCUUCGGCCUCAACGCUGCAACUCUCUGCGAUCGCGCCGUGGAACUUACCUAUAUCGGGGGAACAUACGGGCUUGCGCAAAAGCCAACGCCAUUCUUAUGUUUGGCCUUUAAGCUACUCCAGCUUGCACCAGAGAAAGAUAUAGUGUUGGAAUAUUUGAACUUUCAUGACCCGGAAAAUGAACGUGUUGAGGGUGGCGAAGGGAAUGGGUUGGAGGAGGAACAGGAUGCUAAUGAUGGCGUUGUCAAAGCAGUUGGAGACUUCAAAUAUCUUCGUGCGCUAGCGGCUUUUUAUAUCCGGCUUACCUUUGAUGCUGCGGAUAUAUACAGGACUCUCGAGCCGCUGUUGGUGGAUUACCGGAAACUGAAGAGGAGGACAAAAGACGGCUUUAUGCUCACGUAUAUUGAUCAGUUUGUGGACGAUUUGCUUACGAAGGACCGCGUAUGUGGUACGAGUCUAUGGAAGUUGCCUUCGAGGACUCAGUUAGAGGAUCUGGAUAUUCUUGAAGAAAGAAUCAGUCCGUUGGCGGAGGAGUUGGAGGAUAUUGAUAGAGAUUCAAAUGGAAGCCAGGACAGCGGGGAAGCAUCCAGCCGUGGCGAAGAUGCCUGAAUGCGAUCCAUUUCACAUCCUGUUUUUUUUUUUUACAGCUGUCCAUAUUGAGCGUCACAUCUCCGCAGCUUCUGGCAGCCAUUCGACCACCUGUUAUCUGCGCCGAACUCUUGAUGAACCGAACCUGCAGCCAUCGCAGGAACUGAACAUUAAACCGAGACUCCACUAUCCAGCUUGUGGAGUUGGGUGGGCGCAACCUUCCCUAGGCCAUUUUACCCAAGACCGGAAAGGUUAGCGUGCGUGACAUACCAGAGCUCUCCUAGUUGGAUCUUCGUAAUCACGAAUCUGGGGGUGGUUUACCCCAGCUACGUAUCGGAACGUCUCGAAAUACGGUCACCGUGCCUUCAGGCGAAACGCAAGACUGCCACCGGUAUCGCAGUCGUACCGUGGGCGUUUCAACCGAUGUUUUAUACGAGGGCUAUGCUUAGAGCAUAGUGUAUCCAACGCCUAAGACGGGCAUACAGGUUCAUUUAAGUGUCAAGCUAUCUCGCUCGACAUCAAUAUUACGUAUCUGUGUUUGUUCAUGGGGAAUUCUAUUUCCAUUCAUGACCAUUUGAAUGUACAAUAUAAUGAUACCAAGACAUCAUCCGCGAAUUCCUCCUGGAGAGUCCAAGAAAUAUUAUUAAAUAAAAGACAAAUGAAGAUGAAAAAUGACAAAUAUACGGUAUUGAAAAAGCCUAACUCCAACCAGCAUUCAUUAUAAUCCGUUCAAAACCCUUGCUGCCUAUGUCACUUCUCCUCCCACCUUUUAAACCACGGACUCUCAUCAAGAGUGGUUACCUUCCACCCACUUUCGACUAAGCCUUUCUCCUCCUUCUCAGCUGCCCACUUUUCCAAGGCCGGUAGCACAACGUGCUCGACAUGCCAUGUAUUCUUGUACUCCAGAAGGGGCCUCUUGCCCUCUUUCAGAAUCUUCACAAUCAGUUUUGGUACACAGGGUUCGUCUCGGAAGUCCGUGACAGGAGUGAAAAGCGCUUUGAAGUUAAAUACAAUGGGUGACAUCUCGUCCAACAAAGGGAGUGGGACAUCAUUCAUUUCGGAUAGCACAUGGCGGCGUGAUGGCGGUAAGGUAUCACCAUAAGGGUAGCCAGCAGACACCUGUUUUUCGGGUGAUAUAGAGCAAGGUAAUAUGGCUGCAGAAGACGCUCUACGUCCACCGAUCUUGAUAUCGCCGAUAAGGCAAUUUCUUUGCUCCUUAUUAAGGGCCAGAUAUACCAGAGUAACUGCCAUCAAAGUACCCCCAAUGAUCAACAUGGAGACUUCCAUAGUGACAAAAUAUUUCGCAUGCGCGCGCUAUGCUAGCAAUAGACAAGUAUCGCACACAAAGCGGCCCUGGAAGGGUGAAUAUCAGAUAACGAUAACUCUAAAAGCAGAAAUGAAUAGUGUGAGGUUUGACCAUGAAAUUCCCCUGACAGCCCGUUAUAAUGGAUGUAUAUCCGUAGACGCCUAAGAACAGGGUCAAGGAAAGCAAAAUUGUACAAACCAGAUGGACCAAGAAGUGUCGUAUUUAAAUCUCACCAUCGGUUAUCGAUCUCAGGCACCGUCCAACUUCUCCAAUGAGCUCUCCAGAGGCGAGAAGCAGAGUUUCACAGGGCCAUGUGAGAGAUUCAACAAUCUACCUGUAUAGGUAAAAAGUUCAUCUCUUCUUCUAAAGAAUGGCCUAGCCUCAACAGAGCUACACGAAUUUGUCGACUACAGAACCAUUGCUGGCUUAGCCAACAGAAACAAGCAGCCUGGGAUCAUCAUCCAUCAAGUUAGUUGGCUGGGGAAGUAUGAGUCCUCCAUGUGGACGACACGAGAAUUGCGGGGUGAGGCUCCGGCUCAAUGGAAAGUCUGAAAUAAACAAGGGAUAGCUGUCGAACUAUCAAAUUCUGAGAAGUUUUGUAUCAAGAUAUCGUGGCCGUGCAUUGUUCCUCUCCUUUUGAUGUUAGACCGAGAUAUGUCCCCUAAAUCGAUAUAUCUAGCAUUAUUGCAGCAAGACAACUUCAGUCAAACCCCCUUCACAUCUUGUAAAGGGAUCUCACUCGUACCUUAUAAUUAGCAACAUAAGUCUGCUAAUUUCUCGUGUAUUCAGCUUGUACUCUUCAAGAAAUCACUGGUUGUUUG